AUGGUGGGCAACAAGCAACCCCCACCAUCUGCCUUGAAUGGGGGCAUGCACCCUGGAGGCCAACCGCAACCGCAACCGCAACAGCCACCACCACCACCACAACAUCAACAAAUCAAUAAUCAGGGACAGCCGCAGCAACACCCAUCUGGACCCGGAAUCAUUGUUGCUGCAGCUCAAGCAGCAGCAUCAGGAACUGGUCCAGGAACUGGUGCACAAACUAACCCUCAACAACAACAGCAACAACAACAACCUCCUCCUCCCCAGUCUCAGUCUCUGGCUCAGACUCUGGGGCAACCACAAUCACAACCUCAACCACAACAAGGUCAGAAUCCUGGUCAAGUACAAGCACGAAAUUCUGCUACAAACACAUUUAGUGAAGCAACUGUCUCUACUUGGAUUGCAGUGGGAUCUUUGGCUGAAAGUAUGGGCGACUUGGAACGUGCGUUGUCCUCAUACGAUGCUGCUUUAAGACACUCGCCAAACAAUCCAGAUAUUUUAACCAAAUUGGCCAAUGUGUAUAGGUCAAAAGACGUCUUUUUCAAAGCUGCUGAAUUAUACGAACAAGCCUUGAAUUUCAACUCUGAAAAUGGUGAGACUUGGGGCUUAUUGGGCCAUUGCUACUUGAUGUUGGACGACUUGCAAAGAGCUUAUGCUGCUUACCAACGUGCCUUGUACUAUUUGGAAAACCCAAAUGUACCAAAAUUAUGGCACGGAAUCGGUAUCUUGUAUGACCGUUAUGGAUCUUUGGAGUACGCCGAAGAGGCAUUUGUCCGUGUGUUGGAAUUGGAACCAAACUUUGACAAGGCAAAUGAAAUCUACUUUAGAUUGGGAAUAAUAUACAAGCACCAAGGUAAAUUACAACCAGCUUUGGAAUGUUUUCAAUACAUUUUGAAUAACCCUCCACAGCCUUUAACCCAGCCAGAUGUGUGGUUCCAAAUUGGCUCAGUAUUGGAACAGCAAAAGGAUUGGAAUGGUGCAAAAGAGGCAUACGAGAAAGUAUUGCAAGUAAAUCCCCAACAUGCUAAAGUGUUGCAACAAUUGGGCUGUCUCUACUCUCAAGCAGAGUCUAACCCUCCAACACCAAGUCAAAGAAAUGGUCAUCAUCAAGAUAUUCGACCUUUCCAACAGGACUUGAACAUUGCUUUGAAGUACUUGACCCAGUCCUUGGAAAUUGACCAAAGUGAUGCACAUUCAUGGUAUUACUUGGGUAGAGUCCAUAUGAUCAGAGGCGAUUUCAAUGCUGCUUAUGAGGCAUUCCAACAAGCUGUCAAUAGAGAUUCGAGAAACCCAACAUUUUGGUGUUCCAUUGGUGUAUUAUACUACCAGAUUAGCCAAUAUCGCGAUGCUUUAGACGCAUACACCAGAGCAAUUCGUUUAAACCCAUAUAUUAGCGAAGUAUGGUACGAUUUGGGAACAUUGUACGAGACUUGCAACAACCAAAUCAGUGAUGCAUUGGAUGCAUAUAGACAAGCCGAGAGAUUAGAUCCUGGAAACCCCCAUAUAAAGGCAAGGUUAGAUCAGUUGAUCAAGUACCAAAAUGAAGGAAACACUCAUGCGCCUCAGCCACCACCAGCGAUCCAGCAACCAAGAUUACCUCAAGGAAUGGUGUUGGAAAGUAACCAGCAACCAGGUCAGCCAGGUCAGCCAGGUCAGCCAGGUCAGCCUGGACCACAAGGACCUCAGGGACAAACAGGACAACAAGGACCAGGACAAUUGGGACAACCUGGUAGAGCUCCUGGUGGUCCAGUAGAUGUGCAACAUCAGCAGCAGGCACAAGCACAAGCCCAUAUGCACAAUCAUCCCCUAAGUGGUAUCCAACAACAACAGCAACAACAUCCACAACAACAACAUCAACAACAACAACAACAGCCAGUAGGACUGAUACCAAGCUCAUUGAAUAAUGCAGGUGGUCCAAAUCACCCACAGCAACAAUCCCAAUUACCUGCUCCUCCUCAACUGUACCAGCAACAACAACAGCAACAACAGCAACAGCAACAGCAGCCACAAUUGGUACAACCUAUUCAGCAGUUGGCUCCUCAACAACAACCACAACCACAAUAUCAACAGCAACAGGGUCCUCCUCCACCGCCUCCCGGUGUUUCAGCUGGACUUUCACAAUACCAAAGUUCUCCCGCAAAUAUACAAUCGCAACCCCCUUUAGGUUCUAACCAGGCUCCUCCUCAGUUCCAGCAUCAGCCUCAACUUCAACCUCAACAACCUCAACAACCACCACAGCAACCACCACCAUCACAACAACAACAACAACAUCACCAGUCCCCACCCCAACCACACAUACCACAUCAAUCUCCACCACCUUUGCAACAUUAUGGUGCAAACACGACAGAGCAAGGAACCUCAACAUUGCCUCCUUUCAAUAACCAAGCUGCUCAGCAGAGCAAUCGUAUCGAAAGUGUCGUGCAUCCUGCAAAAGAAGUUAAGCAAGAGGGUCGUGGUGGAAAGUCUACUCCAAAACCAAGAGAAAAAAAUGAAAAGCACGAGAAGCAGGAGAAACACGAAAAACACGAAAAGCGCGAGAAGCGCGAGAAGCGCGAAAGGCAAGACCCUCCACAACAGCCACAGCAAGUACAAUCCCAACAAUUUUCACAACCUCCACAACAAACAGAGCAAACGCGGUUGAACUCAUUGGAUAAGGGACAGAAAGAUGCUCCAGUUGAUGUCAAUUCAAUGCCACAUCUUCAAGGAACAAAGACUGAUGCUCAAGCUCCAUCAUCUGCUGCCACUAUAGCCCAAAGUAGCGAAGGGUCAACAUCUGCAUUUGAUGCUGCUAACCAGCAGACAAAGAACAAUGGUAAACACGAUCUCGAAGAAAAAGAUGACAACGAAAGAUUAUUGAAGAAGAGAGCUGACGAGUCAACUCCAGCUACUUCGGGAUCGCAUGAACCAGAGGUCAAGAAACUGGCUGCAGCUGUAGAAGAGAAAUCUAAUGAAGCAGAAGAAGCAAAAGAAGCAGAUAGUUUAAAGAAAUCCGAGGAACCACAGGCCAUUCAGCAUGAAGUUCAAGUUUCAUCGAAGCAGCCAUCCAAUUCUUCUGAUAACGAACCAGUAGAGCAACCUGAUGCUGGGGUUCCUGCAUCAGCUAAUGUGCCAGCUGUACCACAAUAUUCUGCUAACGUUAGAAAUGCUGACAAGGACGAUGAGGACACAGAGAUGACUGAUGCGCCUGAUGAUGUUGAGUCAGCUGCAAUCCCAUCCGGUGAUGAUUCCAACCAAGCGAGUUCAUCUGACCACCAUGAGCACCAGCACUCGCACGAGGAAAUGAAGCGUAAUGAAACUGCUGGCGAGAAAGUACAAGCAGAGCCAGCCCAAGAAGAUUCCAAGCUUAUAGAAGCCGGUAAUGAUAAAGAUGAACAAGCAUUGCAGGAGAAGGCAAAGGCUGCGGAGGUUAAAGCGGAGCUGCUGAAGGGGGAAGAGUCGGAAAAUCCGAUAUCUGAACCUAUACAAGUUGAGGACAAGAUUGAGGCAGAUGCCGAGAAGAAAGCUGAGAAUAAGUUAGAAGAUAGACCUGAAGAGAAGCCAGGAGAUAGACCGGAAGAUAAACCGGAAGAUAAACCGGAAGAUAAGUCAGAGGAUAAGCCAGAGGAAAAGCCAGAAGAUAAACCAGAAGAUAAACCAGAAGGUAAACCAGAGGAUAAACCAGAAGAUAAACCAGAAGAUAAACCAGAAGAUAAACCAGAGGAUAAACCAGAGGAUAAACCAGAAGACAAACCAGAGGAUAAACCAGAAGAUAAGCCAGAGAUUAAACCAGAGGAUAAAUCAGAGGAUAAACCAGAGAAUAAACCAGAAGUCAAGGUAGUGGAUAAACCAGAAGUUAAGGCAGUGGAUAAACCAGAGGAUAAGCCAGUAGAUACAGUCGAAAACAAGGAUAAAAAUGAAGAUGAGGAUGAUGAUGAGGAAGAGCCAGCUUCCAAACAAACUGAAAGUGUUGAGCCACCAAUGAGGAAAGUUGAAGAGGAUGAAAACUACGACGAAGAAUAG